AUGACUCACUACGAAAGAACACCCUUGAUUCACCAAGUUUUCAACAAUGGCCAAACGGGCCCACGUUUAUAUGUCAAACAUGAGAUGUUACAACCUGGUGGCAGUUUCAAAUCAAGAGGAAUCGGACACUUGAUAAAUAGGAGUAAUGAAGAAGCAUUGGCUGAUGGUUCUGGGAAGCUUGCCGUAUUCUCUAGCUCUGGAGGUAACGCUGGCUUGGCAGCAGCCACUGCUUGUAGUUCAAUGGCGCUUGACUGCACGGUUGUCGUUCCAAAGACAACAAAAUCCAGGAUGAUUAAAAAAAUUCAGAAUGCUGGGGCUAAGGUCAUAAUCCAUGGCAGUCACUGGGGAGAAGCAGAUGAAUAUUUGAGGCAAGAAUUAAUGAUUCAAGAAAGCCAGCUUGGUUCGAAGACGCUCUAUGUGCACCCUUUUGAUGACGAGAGGAUUUGGGAGGGUCAUUCUACCAUUGUGGAUGAAGUUUUACAGCAAUUACAGGAAAAGAAUAUCUCCCUAGCUCGGAUAAAGGCUAUGGUGUGCAGUGUCGGUGGUGGUGGGCUGUUUAGCGGCAUAAUCAAAGGUCUUGAAAGAAAUAAUCUUGCCGGCAAAAUUCGAGUCAUCGCUGUUGAAACUAUUGGUUGCGAUGUCUUGAACAAAUCUCUGGUGAAUGGAAGCCCUAUAACUCUUGAGAGGCUAUCGAGCAUUGCAACCUCUUUGGGUUCGCCAUAUAUAGCGCCAUUCGCGUUCGAAAGCUUCAACGCUUAUGGGUGUAAGUCGGUGGUUUUAUCUGAUCAGGACGUUCUAGCUACAUGCUUAAGAUAUGCUGACGACUAUAAUUCUAUAGUGGAACCAGCCUGUGGGGCGUCCUUGCAUUUGUGUUAUCAUCAAGAGAUUCUUGAAAAUGCUCUAGAACAGAAGCUUUCUGAUGAUGAUAUCGUGAUCAUAAUCGCAUGUGGUGGAUCAUGUAUGACAUAUGAAGAUUUGGUCGAAACAUCUAGAAGAAUAUCGAGUGUGUUAUGA